AUGAGAGGCCAACUUGUCAUCGUUGUGGUCACCUGCUGUCUGCUGUUUGUCUCAGCUGAUUGGCUAACACGAGAUGUGUCAUGGGUUGUUGGUUAUUCCGGGACAACAGGUCCCGGCAACGCCCUGGACGGAAACACCUACAGCUACUGGAAUCCUUCCGGAGUUCCUCAGUAUUACAACCAAUGGAACUUCGUGCUUGAUCUCACCGCACGCUACACACUCUCCCGUAUCGGAAUCAGCCAUAUUGGAGACACCACGCACGACAUCAAGGAUUUCAGCCUCCAGAAGUCGUUGACCGGAGACCCGACGUACGUCUGGGUAGACGUCACGACCGUCACUGACGUGGAAGCGGGAACCGACGCAAGACAGGAGUACGGCGGCUUCCGGGCCACGGCGCGGUACUGGCGACUCCUCAUCUCCCGCACAUGGUCAGGGUAUCAGCCGUGGGUUCGGGAAGUGGAGCUGUACGGAGUCAGAGAGAAAGUCAAUUGCGACCUUGGAUACUUCCGCUGUGGAGAAGGAUAUUCUUGUAUCCUGUCAUGGAAGCGCUGUGAUGGAACCGCAGACUGUUCGGACAAGAGUGACGAGGAAAAUUGUGGUUGCUUCCACAUCCCGGAGAUUUUCCAGCUCGGCAGCAGACUCACAAUGUUACCAAAUCCACUGAACCAGACGACAUUCGAUGAUAUACAGAAUUCCUCUGUCGUGGAACUUCUCCACAAUUCCAACAGCGUCCAGGGAGAACACCAUCCGCAGUUACGAGAAUUCCUGUCUAUCGCCAUUUUCCCACGAUGCAACGUUCCUGAAGAAGACAUGUCCCAGUGUUCUUUGCGCCCGCCUUCAAACACCACGACCUCAUGUGUUGGUACACAACUUCUGCCGUGCCGCUCUUGGUGUGAGGAAGUGUUCAGUAUGACUAUGAGUGAUGAUCUGAUGAGGGACCUGCUGCCGCCAUGUGAUGUGUUCCCGUCAUCACAGCACGGCUGUUGGAACCCGGAACCAGAUGUUAUCGGCACGGAAGUCUGCUACCACGGCAUUGGCAUGAACUACCUUGGAACAUGGAGUAAAACGGCGUCCGGGGCAGCUUGCCUUCAGUGGUCAGCUGGGCAAGCGGAUUACUACACGGCCGAGUACCCCUGGGCUAACCUGGACAGGAACUACUGCCGCAACCCGACCGGAAUCCAACGGCCAUUUUGUUUGACUGGAGACGGUAGCCAGGAGGAAUGUGACGUCAUUCCGUGCAAUUUUGUUGGCUGUUGGGACAGAGGUCCUCCAAACUACGGCAAGAGAACUCCCAGUAAGAGGUUCUACUUCUUAGAAGAGAAGGUCACGUACACGUGCAACGAUGGCUACACGCCUGAGUACGGCUCCCCGAGAGAAGCGACUUGCCUUGAAGGAGGAACCUGGGAAUAUGACAAGCCCGUUUGCCUAGUCAACCAGAAGCAAAAGCUGCGAAAGGAGCUGCUAGAGGCCUACAGUGCUGGUCUGGCGCCUGAAAAUGUUACCAUCAACUUCACGGGGGAUGUGGAGGAAAUCGUCGACUUGGAUGAAAAGAAGGAGCGGCUUAUCGCCUCUAUGAUCAUCAUCCUCUCAUGGCACGACAGUCGACUGAAAUGGAACCCGCGGCACUACGGUGGUGUCCAGACGCUCAGUGUCCCUGGUGACGAUAUUUGGACUCCAUCAUUUACCCUGAAGAGGAAUGCUAAUCGCCUCCGCCAAGGCCUACCAAAGGACAUACCGAUCCGCAUCAGCAGCAGCGGCCUGGUGCAGUGGAGAGUGGAAACCCUGACCACAACCGUGUGUGAUGCUGACCCCUUCUACUUCCCUGCAGACACCAUGGAUUGUCACAUCUGCUUUUCUGCAGCGUCAGCGAUCGAACAAACCAUUCAAUGCCACGGGGAAAGCUCGCCAUCAGAUGCACACAAGGAAAGCCAUCCCUGUGGCUCUUACUCCCCUGCAAUACCGGAGGGAGAAUGGUAUCGAAGGGAUAAGAUCUUCACUAAAGACAAGAAGGAAGCGUGCUUUGCUCUACAACUGUCCAGGAUUCCCACGUUCCACAUCGCCACCACUGUUGGACCCUGCAUCAUCCUGAUUGUGCUGAUGACCAUCACCUUCAUCAUGCCUAUGGACAAGGGAGACCGGAUCUCCUUUGGAGUGACCAUUCAGCUCUCUAUGGUCGUCUCUCUAGUGUUUGUUACAGACGUUAUUCCAGUCAAGGGGGCUCUGCCAUUUUUUGCCACGCUGAUUAUCGUGUGCAUGGGCCUGAUGGGGCUCUUCCUCUUCUUCACCAUCGCCAUCAUCUUUGUUCACGACAAGAAGGGACAAAUGUCUGCAAUGGCGAGAAGUUUUCUUCUCCGUUACAUGGCAAGGUUUCUACUUUUGGGAGACCUCACAGAGGAGCGUACAUAUAUCCACUCUGCCAUAGAGCUGAUCAACUACUCCUCCAACACUGAUGCAAAAGUGUCCGAAGGGGAGAGUACCUCUGAAAUGUGGUACUCUACAAGCAGCAAAGACCCAGCGACAACCAAACGGUCACCAAAGCCUUUCACAGAUCCUCAGUCCGCUGACUCCCGUGGAUUUCUUCCCCUGAUCUCCAGUGUGGAGGAACUGACUGUCGUGGUGAAGAAAGGGAUGGAUGAGCUGACCAAGGCAGUUAAGAACGAGGAAGAGGUGUCCGACUACACUUUGUUGGCUAGGGUCCUGGACAGGCUGUGUCUUGUCGUGUACCUCAUCAGCAUCGCGGCAGCCAUUCCGAUGACCAUGUAUUUGAGCAGGUAAAGAGUAUGAUGCCACUGCAAUGGUCACAACUAUAUAGAAUGGAUCUUGCUGUAUAAUUAUAAAAUGGAAUCUCAAGUUCGAACUGCCUACAUGUUUUACAACUUAGCAGUCCUGAUUUUGUAACAUAGAUUGAUGGUGAUAUUGUUACUCAAUUUGUCGUAGAAUUGAUAUUUUUCAGUUGUCUUGCAUGUUUGUUUCAAAGUUGUCUUGCAUUUUUUCGAUAUAAUCAAUCAUAAUGUUGUACCUUCUUGCAUUUAUCGCAUUGCAGUCCAAAUCAGGUUUAAGAAUAGAUGAAAGAAAAUAUACUAAAUGGCUAUACUCAUGUUGCAAUAUUAGUCAUAUCUGUAUGUUUAAGAAAAGAUAUCUUCACACCAGUGUUGGUUGAAAAAUUUUUUCAACAAUAGCGCAUUCAUGAAUCAGUCAAGAAUAAGUAAGAUGUGUUUAUUUAACAAACAAAAAACUACAAGCACCAAGUGUAACCAAUGGUAAAACCAAGAAUUGUUACAAAUGCAAAAAGGAAGGAGACAUGUAUAUAACAAUAGAGAACUUAUGGUGUUUGGUUAUACAGGAGUGAUACCUUAGAUUGGGAGAGAUAUUAUUCAAUGCAUUACAAGAUA